CUCGAGCGAUACAUCAACGGACCCAACAAGAACUUCAUUUUCUCAACCCUUUUGCCAGGGAUGUGCGCUUUGGCGCUGAGACUCCUUGACUACUUCCCGAACUCGGAAUCCAUACCACUGCUGAAGCAGUCCUUCGACACCCACAUAACCCUCAGCCAGAUCGAGAUUGCUGUGCUGUUGGCCAACGCGUUCUUUUGCACGUUCCCGAGCCGGAACGAUUUUGGAAAGGAUGCGGAGUUUGCCGGGUAUCCCACGAUCAACUUCGAUAGCCUUUUCUCACGGGCGAAGAUUGCGGAGCGGAACGCGGCAAAGAUGGCGAAGUUGGACAUGGUGUUUCAUUACUUUGCCCGGGUCAUCAAGAACGCGCCGACAGGCUUCGUCACAUUCCAUCGAUGUGUCUUGCCAGAACAGGGAUUUCCCGCCUGGGAGUCUUUAAACAUGCCCCUCUGCGAUCUCGAAGUGCGCAACACUGGAACAAUCGAAGAUGACGCAUCUGGACUCCUGCAGGCCGACUUCGCCAACAAAUUCAUCGGGGGUGGCGUUCUCAAUUCUGGCUGUGUGCAGGAGGAGAUCCGGUUCCUUAUCAACCCGGAACUCCUCAUAACCCGCCUCUUCAUUGAACGCUUGCACGACCAUGAAGCCGUGGUGAUUGUCGGGGUGGAACGCUUCUCUCAGUACUCGGGUUACGCAGACACCUUCCGAUGGGCGGGCAACUACGUCGACACGGACGAUAACCGCCGCAGGACGCAGAUCGUGGCCAUGGACGCGCUGUUCUUUGCCAACAAGCCAAAAACGGAGCAGUAUAAGCUGUGGGCGAUCGAGCGUGAGCUCAAAAAGGCCUAUAUCGCGUUCAAACCCCUAUCUGCAUCCGGAUCGGGUCCGCCAUCGGCGAUCGCAACAGGGAAUUGGGGGUGUGGAGCGUUUGCAGGCGACCUGGAGCUGAAAGCCAUCAUCCAGCUUAUUGCGGCGUCGGCGCAUUCCCGGGGCGUGAGAUAUUUCACGUUCGGGCAGACCGAGUUUGGGGACGAUUUGGCAGUCAUCCGAGCAAGGCUGGCGGAUCGAGGCGUCACAGCGGGAACGCUGUUCAAGAUGGUGCGACUGUUUCAUGAGGAACUGCGGGGUAAUAUGGCGGCGGGGAUGAAGUUGGCGGAUUGCUCGCUGUUUAAGUACCUGCAUGAGUUGUUGGAUUUGGAUGCGGAUUGA